GGUGCUUUGCGCUUUGGCGUGAGUCAAUCUGCGUCGAUUAGGAAGUAUUUGGGAGCAAUAUUACCUGAAAAAACAUGGCAGAAGCAGUCAUUGAAGAUCAAGAUCCCUUGCGUUGUUCCGUUUGUUUGGAGUUGUUGAAGGAUCCAGUAACAUGCCCAUGUGGACACAGCUAUUGCAUGAAGUGCAUCAGUGGUUGCUGGGAUCAAGAGGACCAGAGAGGAGAGUACAGCUGCCCUCAAUGCAGAGAGACGUUUACUACACGGCCUGUCCUGAAGAAAAACACCAUCCUAGCUGAACUGGUGGAGAAAAUAAAAAGCAGUGCGUCUCAGACUGUCUCUCCAACUCUUCCUGCUUCGUAUGCUGAGCCAGGGGAUGUGGAGUGUGACUUCUGCAUUGAAAGAAAACUGACAGCUGUCAAGUCCUGUCUGGUGUGCCUGGUCUCUCUCUGUCAGACACACAUCGAGCCUCACAACAGCAUCCCUGCCUUGAAGAAUCACAAACUGGUCCAGGCCUCCACGCGUCUAGAGGAGAGGAUCUGCCCUCAGCAUAGCAAGCUGAUGGAGGUGUUUUGUCGCACUGACCAGAAGUGUAUCUGCAUGCUGUGCACCAUGGAUGACCACAAAGGUCACGAUGCAGUCUUUGUUGCUGUUGAACGGAAGGAAAGAGAGCAAAAUGAGCUGGAUAAGACAAGGGCUGAAUAUCUGAAGAGAAUCCAGAAGACCGAGCAGGAAGUGCUGGAGAUGCAGGAGGCUGUGGCAUCACACCAGCGUUCUGCCCAAGAGGCAGAGCAGCAGAGUGAGAAGAUCUUCACUGAGCUGCUGGAGUCUAUUGAGAGGAGACGCUCUGAGGUGAAAGAGCUGAUCAGAGCUCAGCAGAAGGCAGCGGUGAGAGACGCUGAAGAUGUUUUGGAGAAACUGGAGCAGGAGCUGGCUGAGUUGAGGAGAGGACACGCUCAGUUGGAGAAGCUCUCAGUUGAGGAAGACCACGUCCUUUACCUCCAGAGUUUCCAGGUCCUGAAGUCCUCUGUAUGCAAACCUUCUCCCAGCAACACUCUCAGUCCACACAUGUCAUUUGAGGACCUGAGUAAAUCUCUGGUUGUUUUGAAGAGUGAAGUGGAAGAACUCUGCAAGCAUGUGAUCAAGUUAUCAGGAGAAGGUAAAUGUUGUUCAGGGGACAUCUUGAGUUGGUUUAUGUUACUCAAUGCAACUUCCUCUGCUCAUCUCUACAUUUCUUUAGUGACAAGUGUGAAGAUGCCAGACACCAGGGAAGACUUCUUGAAGUACUCCUGUGCUCUCACACUGGAUCCAAACACGCCAUGCAGACUUAUAUCCCUGUCUGAAGGCAACAAGAGGGCGACAUUCAGAAAGGAGAAACAGCUUUACCCAGAUCAUCCAGACCGACUCACAGAAUAUGCGCAGGUGUUAUGUGAACAGGGCUUUCGUAGACGCGUUUACUGGGAGGUGGAGGUAGAGCUGGACCUGAAGAGUGAGGAGUCUUACGUUGAAAUUGCGAUAGCAUACAAGAGCAUAAAGACUGUUUGUGAUUUUCGUGAUGAUGAGAAAUCAUGGGUCCUGUACUGUGAGACUGGAAAGUGCAGUUUCUGGCACUGUAAUAAAGAAACUGCAAUCCCCAUCGCCCCCACCUCUACAAUUGGAGUGUAUGUCGAUCACAGGGCAGGCAUUUUGUCUUUCUACAGUGUGUCUGACAAAAUGACUCUCCUACACAAAGUUAGAACAAGUUUCACAGAACCCAUUUACCCGGGGUUCUACUUGUAUGAGAAUGCUUCAGUAAAACUCCUUUCUUAA